AUGUGCACAAGGGUUCAGCCAGAAACCAUGGAACAGGAGCUCAUCGUGGGAGGAGCAGGUGAAGGAAGUGAGGCGGUGGGAGAACGAGGAAGCAACCACAGUGGAGAUGGAGAGGAGCAGAGGCUGUCGUCGCCUUGGGCCCUGUACAAACGGUCUAUGUCUGAAAGGCCUCUCUUGACCAAGUCCGUGACGUCGGCCCUAGUAUCCGCUCUCGGAGAGCUCAUGGGCUCGGCGUUGCGGUCCUCACCCCCGCCCCCUCUUCCCGCCGGGGCCGGAACGGCGCUGGCCGUGAAGGGUAGAGCGGGGGCAGGGCAGGGAACGGGAACGGCUGCACCUGGAUUGCUUAGAAGGACCGCCGCAUUCGCGAUCUUCGGGCUGUUGGUGAAUGGACCGGUGUUUCAUUGGUGGUACGGGGCUCUAGAGGGAGCCGCCGCGAGACGGCGCAAGGCGGGCGAACCUCCCGGUGGCGCCGGCGACAUCACCUUCAAGGUAGCGGUAGAUCGCUUCUUGAUGACCCCUCCCUACCUGGCCAUAACGCUGGCAUCUCUGAGGCUGCUCCAGGGGCUCGGCGCCAAGAGGUCUAUCGGGGAAACGAGCGCGUUGUAUCGAGGGGUGCUUUUCACGAACUGGAAGAUCUGGACUGCAGCUCAGCUACUCAACUUCAAGCUCGUCCCGAUCGAGUAUCGUCCCGUUUUCGGUAAUUUGGUGGCAUUCUGGUGGAACAUCUACCUCAGCCUGCUGCCAGCUCACAAGUGAUAGGGACGGCGUUUGGGAUCCGGCAGACCCUGCAAGACGCUUUGGCCUACCGCACGCUACCGAGGAUAUGCAGUUAUCUCAGAUACCACUGUAGGCAAAAGCCGGAACUGGUGCCAGGAAUAGCUGAUUCUAGCUGCAUUCAUAUUUAUAUUCUCCCGGUAGGAAUAGCUGCCCGCCCCAUGACCCCCGCAAUUGGAUUGGGGACUGGACUAGGGGCAGAUCAUUCGGUGUUGCCGAUUGUGACAAUUUUGGUUUGCGUUUACUGUAUCGGCUCUACGACCGACGGCAUGAUUUCGAAGCCUCUCUUACGGCUAUUGUCGAUGGUUGAUGCACGCGGCGAUUGCCGGCUGUUUUUUUAUCUGACGAGAGGGGGGGGGGGGGGGGUGCCGCAGCGGUGUCCUUGCCCGUUGCGACAAAAUUUAUUUGUGGUUUGUUGUGGGUGUAAGCUGUAAUGAUCGGCCGCGAUGGCUCUGUGUGCAAAUAGGGUGUGUUACAGGGUUGGAGACAAAAUAUUUAUCGUGUGUUUGGCUCUUGGUCGGCCCAACCGACCACUCCGUUGAGGGAUGAUUCUGAAGCUUGUGUUUUUCUUGCCAGCGAAGUAUUGUAGAAACGCUCUUGUUGUCUUGAAGGGUUUAAGAAGUUGCCGCUACUUUCUCGACGUUUUAUUUAGUACGAUUCAGGCGUAUCAGGUUACGGUUGUGAGUUGUUUAGGAGGGGAAUAUUCCACGAUAUAUUUAUAUCAUCAAUCGGAGUCAUCCAAACGGUUUGUUUUUUACUCCCCGCCAUCUACGCUCGUGGAAACGAAAAUGCAACGGUGAACGAACGUAGUCUAUUCGCACGAAGUGUUCGCGGAGUUUCUGCUUCUGCGAAAGAGCACACGAACUUCGUGUGUUCUGGGGUAUUGCUAAAGAUGUUUGUUGUUUUGGG